AUGUCGACCUUGUUCACCUUGUACGACCGUUCCUCUGGGAUUUUCCCCACCCCUCUUCCCCAGAAACGGAUGCGACGCCCUCUUGGAGGUGCACGCACCACCGGAAACGGAGGCGACGCCAUCUUGGAGAAACAUCUGGUGCUGUUCCUACUGCUGGUACACCCUGUUUUAGAGCCUGCUAUGGCAUCCUCCCAAGCUGCGCGACGAGAUGCAAGUAAUGAUGCGAGUCGAAAUGCAAGUCAAGUUGCAAGUCGACAUGCCAGUAGUGAUGCAAGUCGAGAUGCCAUUAGUGAUGCAAGUCGAGAUGGAAGUCGAGGUGGAAGUCGAGAUGCAAGUCAAGAUGCAAGUAGUGAUGCAAGUCGAGAUGCCAGUCGAGAUGGAAGUCGAGAUGCAAGUCGAGAUGCAAGUCGAGAUGCCAUUAGUGAUGCAAGUCGAGAUGCAAGUCGAGAUGCCAGUCAGGAUGCAAGUCGUGAUGCCAGUAGUGAUGCAAGUCGAGAUGCAAGUCGAGAUGCAAGUCGAGAUGCCAUUAACGAUGCAAGUCGAGAUGCCAGUCGAGAUGCCAGUCGAAAUGCCAUUAGUGAUGCAAGUCGAGAGGCAAUUCGAGAUGCAAGUCGAGAUACCAGUCGAGAUGCAAGUCGAGAUGCCAUUAGUGAUGCAAGUCGAGAUGCCAGUCGAGAUGGAAGUCAUGAUGCGAGCCGAGAUGUCAGUCGAGAUGCAAGUCGAGAUGCCAAAAAAUCUGGAUGUGUCUUUCUGCCUGUUGGUUGA